AUGCGAACGCCUUGCGCGUUGCUAUUGCUCGUUACGCUCGUCGCUGUCAUAGAUAUUGCUUCGGCGCUGAAGAAAGCGACCAUUUCGAAGGUGACCGCCCGAAAUCUACUAUCGUUAACUGGCCCAAAUGAUGACACGACACCCGAUGAGAGCUUUCUACAGAAUUCAGGCGCUGCACAUUCAGAGAGCGCAACAAACACAGAAUACAGGAUUGCCAUACCAGGAUUGUCGAAUAUCGCGAAGCUGGCAUCAGACUUCAGUCCACUUACUCAAAAGGUGGCGUUUCAGCUGUGGCUCCAGCAGCAGACAAGCCCCACCAUCGUUUUCAAUCUACUGAACGCAAAAAUGCUCAAAAAUAUGGGGACGAAUCUCGAAAAGAACACUGAACUGCUAGACUGGCUAAGAUACACCAUGGCCUACAGAGAGAUGCUGGGGAGCAGCAAGUUUUAUCCAGAUGGCAAGAUUUAUUUGCACUUGCUGAACUUAGCCCCAGAAACCUCCCUUGCUUUUUUCUUCCAGUCUCUACGAAAGACUGCGGAUUUGAAAAUGGUGGGCGAAAACUUGCAAACGGCUCAGUAUAAGUUGUGGUGGAAACUUAGAAUGGAACCGAGUGAUCUCGCCAAAAGUUUGGGAAUUACGGAGCUGUUGGAGUCGGGCAAGGUAAUGAGCGACCCGAGAUUUAUCAUUUAUUUCGGCUACGCAGAAGUGUGGCUACGGAAGAUAAAACUCAAUUGA